UUAAAGAUUUUGGUAUGAUUGCCAUUCACGCAAGCCCAAGCCAAGCUGUGAAGGAAAUAAACGCCCUUCUGAAAGUCUAUGACGUCACUAAGAAGCACUGGGGACUUGAGGACAUCAUCAUUGCGGGGGAUUUCAACGCCGACGGCGACUACGUCGGCAACAGCGACUGGGAGAACAUCUCGCUGCGGAGUGAUCGGCGCUUCGUCUGGCUUAUCGACGACAACGCCGACACGACGGUCGGCAGCACCGACUACAGCUAUGACAGAUUUGUCGUUGCUGGUAAAAAGCUGAAAAAAGCUAUUGUGCCUGGAAGUACUAAAGUGUUUAAAUUUGAUGACGAGUUUCAACUGACAUACGAACAGGCACAAAGUGUGAGCGACCACUACCCUAUUGAACUGGAGCUGUCAGGGGAAGUGAACUCUAAAUUACAGCGAUACGUUGAUUCCGAUAUCGCCAUCACCGUGAAGCAACAGUCGGACGUAGCCAGCGUGAACCGGGUCCGACAGAUCUACCGGUCAGGGGCCCGUAGGGGCUACGACUGCCUGGUCAAGAAGGUCAAGACGUCCAUGCUAGAGGUUGUUGCGUCAAAGUAUGACGUCACCGACGUCGUUAAAUCCCUUCGGAAAUUCCAGAGGGCUUUCCCGCAAGUGUUACUCGACGAAACGAUCGCAGUUGUCUCCGCUUACCUCAGAUCGGAUAUGUUUAGCAAGCCACCUUAUAUCUACGGGUUGAUGACUAAAAAUAGAUCGUCCACGUUUGACGUCACGGUCACGUGUCGGCUGCAGCAGCCACUCACGUGCUGCGUUACUGUGAAGAAGAAAAUUAGUUAAUGGAGUUAUUGUAUAGAGACUCGAGCUUUUGCCCGAAUUAAAACGAAAACGCUC